ACCAGUUGUUAUUUAACCCGAAGUUCCUGCCACUAAAUUUAUGAAAUUUCUGCAUUUGCUCAUUCAUGCUCUUCAAUAUCCGGCUAAUCUAAAGGAUGUCUGAAUUCGACGAUCUACUUGCCAAGUUCACCGAAAAGGGGCACGCAAAAGUCCAUGGCGCACUUUUCCAAUGCGUGGAUAAGCAUGGGAAUGAGAUAUACAACAAAAUCUCAGGCUAUGACUCCUUAGGAGGAGACGCGGCACCCCUUCGCGAGGAUUGCGUUCUCAAGAUGACGAGCGGCAGCAAAUUGAUGGCCAGUAUCGCAUUGCUCCAAUGCGUCGACAAGGGUCUCAUUGGUCUUGAUGAACCAAUCGCUAAGGUUCUCCCGGAGCUUGAAGACAAGGAAAUUCUGAAGCUCGGAUCCGAGUCGGAACUGAUAUCUGAACCGAGCAAAACCAAGAUCACCGCCAGACAUCUCCUCACGCAUACCUCUGGUCUGGCAUAUCGAUUUCUGAACCCGCUACUCAUCAAAUGGGCCACAACUCCGGCAGCUCAACAAGACAAGAUUGGCGUCUCCAUCGCGGAGAAAUACAACGUACCGCUUGUAUUCGAGCCUGGAGAUGGGUGGGCUUACGGAGUGGGGAUAGACUGGGCAGGGUUGGCUGUCCGCCGCCUACACGGGGGAAUGUCCCUGGAAGACUACAUGAAUGAGAACAUCUGGAGCAAAGUCGGCCUCUCUGCUCCAUUUCCAACUUUCCAGAUUUCGAAAGAUCCCGAGUACAAGUCGAGACUGAUGAAGGCAGCCGAGCGCACACCAGACGGACUCCUUCAACCGUUCGAAUUCUGGCAGGGCGACAAUCCAAACGAGCAAGACGGCGGUCAUGGAUUGGUGGCCACGGCGAAAGACUAUCUCGCUGUACUCGCAGAUUUGAUUUCGGACUCGCCAAAACUGCUGAAGCCAGAGACCAUCGCUUUAGCCUUCGAACCACAGAUUGCCCCUGGCUCACCGGCGAUGACGAUGUUGCAGCAACUCCGACCUGCUUGGGAAACCAUUUCUGGUCCCGUCUCAAACAGUGAGGUAAACCACGGCUUACUUGGAUUGCUGUUGACGGGCAACAUGCCGGAAAUUGGCCAGCCAAAAGGUAUUCUGGGGUGGGGAGGUGCUGCUGGUACGAUUUGGUUUGUUUCCAAGGAGUCGGGCGUUGCGGGCAUCUUCGGAACGCAAAUUUCGCCUUUUGGGGAUGCUGCAGUCAAGGAGCUCAUUAAUGCUUGGAAGAAAGACUUCUGGUCUGGAUUCAACGCGGCUUAGGUUGCGGUCUCG